AUGUCUAUGACUUCGCCAACUUCCAAUCAAACGCAAAGCACGUCACCGAGUUCAUCCACCGCUACCUCGUCGAGCGUGCCAUCUGAACAUGGCUUAAGCGGAGGCCAAAUUGGCGGUAUAGCUGCUGGAUGCGCCGUGUUUGCGCUCUUACUCGCAAUCGGAGCUGUAUACUUCUUUAGACGGCGAAAAACAGCGGUACGAGCGGAGGAGAAGCCAGAUACAUCUGAUAGCGGGAUUCCAGAAAUGCCAGACUCUGCAGGAGUCAUUGCGCGUGCUCCAAAGAAGAACGUCGUGAGCGAACUAGACAGUGAAGAGAAGAAGCUUGACGGGAACAUUGCUAUGAACCGAGCUCGGGAACUGGAUUCAACUCCCAUUACCUCGCCUGUGGAGCUUGAUGCAUCACCGGUCGAGGUCAAGGAGACAGAUUUAAAAUAA